AAUCAACAUAGAAGGCAAUCUGGCAAAAAUGAGUUCCUUCCUGAUCUUUACUUGGCUGUUCCUGUUUAAUGAAUUAUGUUUAAGUGCAUCAGUAUUAACCACAGAAUUCCCGCAAACUACCGUAUUAACCACAGAAUUCUCACAAACUACUGCCCCAGAAGUGCAAACAACUGAACUAACUUCAGAAGAGCCUGCUCAAGCUGAACAUUCCUUGCGAUUAGUUAAUGGAAGAAACAGAUGUGAAGGUCGCCUUGAAGUAUAUCAUAAUGGCAACUGGGGAACAGUCUGUGAUGAUAUUUGGAACCUGAAUCAUGCACGUGUGGUCUGUAGAGAACUUGGAUGUGGACCAGCUCUGUCAGCACCAGGAAGUGCCCAUUUCGGUGCAGGCUCAGGCAACAUCCUCCUGGACGAUGUGCAGUGCACAGGAAGUGAAUCUUCCCUACUUCAGUGUUCUCACAGAGGUUGGGGGACACACAACUGUGGUCAUUCUGAAGAUGCCAGUGUCAUUUGCUCAGCCUUGAGAUUGGUUAAUGGAAGAAACAGAUGUGAAGGUCGCCUUGAAGUAUAUCAUAAUGGCAACUGGGGAACAGUCUGUGAUGAUAUUUGGAACCUGAAUCAUGCACGUGUGGUCUGUAGAGAACUUGGAUGUGGACCAGCUCUGUCAGCACCAGGAAGUGCCCAUUUCGGUGCAGGCUCAGGCAACAUCCUCCUGGACGAUGUGCAGUGCACAGGAAGUGAAUCUUCCCUACUUCAGUGUUCUCACAGAGGUUGGGGGACACACAACUGUGGUCAUUCUGAAGAUGCCAGUGUCAUUUGCUCAGCCUUGAGAUUGGUUAAUGGAAGAAACAGAUGUGAAGGUCGCCUUGAGGUAUAUCAUAAUGGCAACUGGGGAACAGUCUGUGAUGACAUUUGGAAUCUCAAUCAUGCACACGUCGUCUGCAGAGAGCUUGGAUGUGGACCAGCUCAGUUAGCACCAGGAAAUGCCCAUUUUGGUCCAGGCUCAGGCAACAUCCUCCUGGACAAUGUGCAGUGCACAGGAAGCGAAUCUUCCCUGCUUCAGUGUUCUCACAGAGGUUGGGGAACACAUGACUGUGGUCAUCAUGAAGAUGCCAGUGUCAUUUGCUCAGCAUUAACCACAGAAUUCCCGCAAACUACCGCCCCAGAAGUGCAAACAACAGAACUAACUUCAGAAGAGCCUGCUCCAGCUGGUAAGGGGGCUUCUAAUCUUCUUCAUAAUAAAGUGCUAAAUCCUAGUCCUGAGUAUGUACAUGCAAAUAUCAAAGAAGGCAAUCUGGCAAAAAUGAGUUCCUUCCUGAUCUUUACUUGGCUGUUCCUGUUUAAUGAAAUAUGUUUAAGUGCAUCAGGAACAACAACUAUUGCAGAAACUACUGGACCAACAACUUCUGCACAAACUACUGGAAUCCAUGGAUGCGGUAAUACUUUCUCAAAUCCAUCUCAGUCAUUUUCUGGCCCGUAUUACAAUGGUGAUGGAAGCAUCAUACAGUGUCUCUGGACAAUCCAUUCCUAUGAUUCUAGCCCUAUAGUGCUAACUCUUGACUAUCUGAAUUUAGACUGUACUCAUGAAUAUGUUCAUGUCUAUGAUGGAAAUAUUUAUCAAUCAGCACUACUUGGGAAUAUAUGCAGUGGCUGGAGCUGGGUAUUCACUUCCUAUACAGGCACUAUGACAGUUCUGCUCCACAGACAGUCCUAUCGUGCAGGCUCUGGCUUUUUUGCCUAUUACAAUAUAGCAGCAUUAACCACAGAAUUCCCGCAAACUACCGAAGAAGUUCCUACAAGUGAAACAGCAGUUUCACCCAGAGAUGUUCCCAUGAGACUGGUCAGCGGGAACAACAUGUGUGAAGGACGCGUGGAACUGAACUACAGAGGAAGCUGGGGGACAGUCUGUGAUGAUGGCUGGGACUUAAAUGACGCACAGGUUGUCUGCAGAAAGCUUGGAUGUGGAUUGGCUUUGUCAGCACCAGGAAGUGCCCAUUUUGGCCAUGGCUCUGGCCAGAUUCUCCUGGAUGAUGUAAACUGCAGAGGGAAUGAACCUUCUCUGGAGCUGUGCUCUCAUCCGGGAUGGGAACGUCACAAUUGUGGUCAUCAUGAAGACGCUGGUGUCAUCUGCUCAGCUUCCGGAAGACCUAAUACAACAGAUGCUCCCAUGAGACUGGUCGGGGGGAACAACAUGUGUGAAGGACGUGUGGAACUCUACUACAGAGGAAGCUGGGGGACAGUCUGUGAUGAUGGCUGGGACUUAAAUGAUGCACAGGUUGUCUGCAGAAAGCUUGGAUGUGGAUUGGCUUUGUCAGCACCAGGAAGUGCCCAUUUUGGCCAUGGCUCUGGCCAGAUUCUCCUGGAUGAUGUAAACUGCAGAGGGAAUGAACCUUCUCUGGAGCUGUGCUCCCAUCGGGGCUGGGGAAGUCACAACUGUGGUCAUAGUGAAGACGCUGGUGUCAUCUGCUCAGCUUCCGGACGACCUAAUACAACAGCUCUUCCUACAAGUCCCACAGAAGUUAUAUCCAGAAAUGUUCCCAUGAGACUGGUCGGUGGGAACAACAUGUGUGAAGGACGCGUGGAACUGAACUACAGAGGAAGCUGGGGGACCGUCUGUGAUGAUGGCUGGGACUUAAAUGACGCACAGGUUGUCUGCAGAAAGCUUGGAUGUGGAUUGGCUUUGUCAGCACCAGGAAGUGCCCACUUUGGCCAUGGCUCUGGCCAGAUUCUCCUGGAUGAUGUAAACUGUAGAGGGAAUGAACCUUCUCUGGAGCUGUGCUCCCAUCGGGGCUGGGGAAGUCACAAUUGUGGUCAUCAUGAAGACGCUGGUGUCAUCUGCUCAGCUUCCAGACAACCUAAUACAACAGCUCUUCCUACAAGUCCCACAGAAGUUAUAUCCAGAAAUGUUCCCAUGAGACUGGUCGGUGGGAACAACAGGUGUGAAGGACGUGUGGAACUCAACUACAGAGGAAGCUGGGGAACGGUCUGUGAUGAUGGCUGGGACUUAAAUGACGCACAGGUUGUCUGCAGAAAGCUUGGAUGUGGAUUGGCUUUGUCAGCACCAGGAAGUGCCCGUUUUGGCCAUGGCUCUGGCCAGAUUCUCCUGGAUGAUGUAAACUGCAGAGGGAAUGAACCUUCUCUGGAGCUGUGCUCCCAUCGGGGCUGGGGAAGUCACAAUUGUGGUCAUCAUGAAGACGCUGGUGUCAUCUGCUCAGGUAACUUUCCCAUCCUUUAUGCUUUCUUGAGACUGGUCAAUGGAACCAACAGAUGUGAAGGCCGGCUUGAAGUCUACCACCAAGGAAACUGGGGGACAGUCUGCGAUGAUGAUUGGGAUAUAAAUGAUGCACAGGUUGUCUGCAGACAGCUUGGAUGUGGAUUGGCUCUAUCGGCAAGAGGAAGUGCCUAUUUUGGCCAAGGCACUGGCAAUAUUUUCCUGGAUGAUGUGAAGUGCAGAGGGAAUGAAACUUCUCUUCAGCAGUGCUCCCACAGAGGAUGGAAAAUCCAUAACUGUGUCCAUGUAGAAGAUGCUGGUGUGAUCUGCUCAGGAUUGUCCAAAGAUGGGUCCUUGAGACUGGUCAAUGGAACCAACAGAUGUGAAGGUCGCCUUGAAGUAUACCACAGAGGAAAUUGGGGGACAGUCUGUGACUAUGGUUGGGACAUAAAUGAUGCACAUGUUGUCUGCAGACAAAUUGGAUGUGGAUGGGCUCUGUCAGCUACAAAAGGCACCCAUUUUGGCCAAGGCUCUGGCAAUAUUCUCUUCGGUGGUGUGCAGUGUGGAGGAUAUGAAACUUCUUUUGGGUAUUGCCCCCAUCACGAUUGGGAAAUUCAUAAUUGUGGCCUUCAGGAUAUUGCUGGAGUCAUUUGCACAGGUAAGAUAGGACCUCUCUUACGGUUGCUUAAUGGAAGUAACAGGUGUGAAGGUCGCCUUGAAGUAUAUCAUGAUAGAACCUGGGGGACCGUCUGUGAUGAUCUUUGGAGCAUGAAUGAUGCACAUGUGGUCUGCAGAGAGCUUGGAUGUGGACCAGCUCUGUCAGCACCAGGAAGUGCCCGUUUUGGUCAAGGCUCGGGCAACAUCCUCCUGGACAAUGUGGAGUGUACAGGAAGUGAAUCUUCCCUGCUUCAGUGUUCUCACGCAGGUUGGGGCACACAUAACUGUGGUCAUCAGGAAGAUGCCAGUGUCAUCUGCUCAGGUAUUCCUAGGCUGGGCUAA